AUGAAUUGGACCGAAGGCAACUUGGCCCGCCAUUCUCGCGGCCGGAAGGGCAAAGAGAUCGUUCUACGCCAGAGAAAACAUUUCGCCAAGACUUCCUCCCUCAAGCUUCCAAGCCCGGGCUCCCUCCAGAAAGAGGAGGUGGAAGAGAAUAUGCGCCACAAGAGACGUAGGCUGCUGCUCAAGGGCGACUGGGUUGGGACCGACGUCCAGAAACCGAUCCAGAUGGAAUUCCUCAAGCCACGGGUUUCUUCACGUGAUGAUCCCUGGGGUAGUUCGCGCCCACGAUAUCAAUCCUCUAAAAGCAGACUAUGCCGCCUCCUUGGCGUCAAGACUGUGGACGGACAGCUCAGAGCUCCUGGAACUGUGGUCAGGACUUCCACACCGGUCACCCGCUGUCAGCUAAGGGUCAGAGUCGGCAGCCUUGAGAAGGCUCUGGACGCCAGCUCCAACGCCACGUCUUCCAUGAGUAGAUACAGAGAUGUCCAAGGGAAUCCAGAUGGCAAGCACUCGUGA